AAGCGGCUGCUGCAGACGAGACUCUCGGUCAGAGUGAAAGUAAAUCUAAACCUAAAGUAAAUCUGCCGAGGUGAUCAGAGCACGGAGAACAGCUGCUAAUAACCGGAUCAAUACUUAAAAGUUCAUUUCACCCCUGAACUUUGUCUUUGGACUCAGACAGGUGAAGGUAAAGGUGUGUGUGUGAGCUGAUGUGGACGUGAAUUCAGCAGAAUGGACCAGUGUGAGGACGGAGAGGACGGAGUCUCUCCCUCUAAAACCUCUCUGUGUGGGAAACAUGAGAGUCAGAGCAAAGCUCAGAGAGUGGACCAGCAGAUCUCAGAGUCCCCCAGUGGUCCGUCUGUCCAGCAGCAUCAGACACAGCUGGACUCCAUAUUUCUGCUGCUGGAGGACAACAUUGUCCUGUUUGUGAAGAACGAGCUGAAGAACAUCCAGAGGGGUCUGAGUCCAGAUUACCCAGAAUCCCUAGAGCAUCUGUUGCAGGGUGAGGAUGAAGAGCAGAGGAGCAGCAGAGAGGUGUUUGUGAAGAUCACAGUGAACUUCCUGAGGAGAAUGAAGCAGGAGGAGCUGGCUGAGCAUCUGCAGAGCAGUUCUUUUGCUGCAGUUUGUAAAAAGCGGCUGAAGUCUAAGCUGAAGAAGAAGUCCGAGUGUGUGUUUGAGGGGAUUGUUAAAGCAGGAAACCCAGCCCUUCUGGAGCAGAUCUACACAGAGCUCUACAUCACAGAGGGAGGGACUGGAGAGGUCAACGAUGAACAUGAAGUCAGACAGAUUGAAUCAGCUUCCAGGAAACCAGACAGAGCAGAAACAGCCAUCAGACAGGAAGACAUAUUUAAACCCCCACCUGGAAGAGAUGAACCAAUCAGAACGGUGAUGACGAAGGGAGUGGCCGGCAUCGGGAAAACAGUCCUAACACAGAAGUUCACUCUGGACUGGGCUGAAGGCAGAACCAACCAGGACAUCCAGUUCCUGCUCCCAUUCACCUUCAGAGAGCUGAAUGUGCUGAGAGACAGAAGGUUCAGUUUGGUGGAACUAGUUCAUCACUUCUUCAGUGAAACCAGAGAAAUGUGCAGCUUUGAAGAGUUGAAGGUCGUGUUCAUCUUUGACGGUCUGGAUGAGAGUCGACUUCCUCUGGACUUCCACAACAAUGAGGACGUGACUGAUGUUACAGAGUCCAAAUCCAUAGACGUGUUGCUGACAAACCUCAUCAGGGGGAACCUGCUUCCUUCUGCUCGUCUCUGGAUCACCACACGACCCGCAGCAGCCAAUCAGAUCCCUCCUGAGUGUGUCUCCAUGGUGACGGAGGUCAGAGGGUUCACUGACCCACAGAAGGAGGAAUACUUCCGGAAGAGGUUCAGAAAUAAGAAGCAGACCAGCAGGAUCGUCUCCCACAUCAAGACAUCACGGAGCCUCCACAUCAUGUGCCACAUCCCAGUCUUCUGCUGGAUCACUGCUACGGUCCUGGAGAACGUCCUGGAGACCAGAGAGGGAGGGCAGCUGCCCAAGACCCUGACUGAGAUGUACAUCCACUUCCUGGUGGUCCAGGCCAAACUGAAGAAGGUCAAGUAUGACGGAGGAACUGAGACGGAUCCACACUGGAGUCCAGAGAGCAGGAACAUGGUGGAGUCUCUGGGAAAACUGGCUUUUGAGCAGCUGCAGAAAGGAAAUCUGAUCUUCUACGAACCAGACUUGAGAGAGUGUGGCAUCAAUGUCAGAGAGGCUUCAGUGUACUCGGGGGUUUUCACCCAGAUCUUUAGAGAGGAGAGCGGCCUGUACCAGGACCAGGUCUUCUGCUUCAUCCAUCUGAGUGUCCAGGAGUUUCUGGCUGCUCUUCAUGUCCGUCUGACCUUCAUCAAGUCUGGAGUCAACCUGCUGGAGGAACAAAGAAACACAGAGACUGACCUCUAUCGGAGUGCUGUGGACAAGGCCUUACAGAGUCCCAACGGACACCUGGACUUGUUCCUCCGCUUCCUCCUGGGUCUUUCAGUGGAGACCAAUCAGACUCUCCUACAAGGUCUGUUGGAACCAGAACAAAGAAGUUCACAGAACAAUCAGGAAACAGUUAAAUACAUCAAGAAGAAGAUCAGUGAGGAUCUGUCUGCAGAGAGAAGCAUCAACCUGUUCCACUGUCUGAAUGAACUGAACGCUGGUUCUCUGGUGGAGGAGGUCCAACUGUCCCUGAGGUCUGGACGUCUCUCCAGAGGUAAACUGUCUCCUGCACAGUGGUCGGCUCUGGCUUUCAUCUUACUGUCAUCAGAAGAUCUGGAGGAGUUUGACCUGAAGAAAUACUCAGCUUCAGAGGAGGCUCUACGGAGGCUGCUGCCGGUGGUCAAAGCCUCCAAGAAAGUUGUGUUGAGUGGCUGUAACAUCUCAGAGGACAUCUGUCCACUUCUGUCUUCAGUUCUCAGCUCUCAGUCCUCCAGUCUGACAGAACUGGACCUGAGUAACAACGACCUGCAGGAUUUAGGACUGAAGAAGCUGUGUCCUGGACUGGAGAGUCCACACUGUCACCUGGAGUCUCUCAGGCUGUCAGGCUGUCUGAUCUCAGAGGAAGGCUGUGCUUCUCUGGUCUCAGCUCUGAGCUCCAACCCCUCCCACCUGAGAGAGCUGGACCUGAGCUACAACCAUCCAGGGGAGUCAGCAGGGAAGCUUCUGUGUAGACUGGAGGAUCCCCGCUGGAGACUGGACACUCUCAGGGUGGAGCCUGCUGGACAACGAUUUCUGACACCAGGUCUGUGGAAGUAUUCCUGUCAACUCGCCAUUGACACAAACACAGUCUACAAACACAUCCAACUGUCUGACAACAACAGGAAGAUGACGUGUGUGGAGGAGGAUCAGUCAUAUCCUGAUCAUCCAGACAGGUUUGAUUCCUGUCCUCAGCUGCUGUGUAGAGAAGUUCUGACGGGUUGCUGUUACUGGGAGGUCCAGAGGAGAGGAGGAGUUUCUGUAUCAGUGAGUUACAGAAGAAUCAGAAGGAAAGGAAGCUCUGGUGGCUGUAGGUUUGGAAGGAACGAUCAUUCCUGGAGUCUGGACUGUUCUGGUGAUGGUCAGUACUGGGUCUGUCACAAUAACAGAGGAAUAUAUUCCUCCUCCUCUUUCUCAGUCUCUGACAGAGUAGCAGUGUACGUGGACGUUCCUGCUGGAACUCUGUCCUUCUACAGCGUGUCCUCUGACAGACUGAUCCACCUCCACACCUUCAACACCACAUUCACUGAACCUCUCUAUCCUGGGUUCAGGAUCUGGUUGGGUUCUGGUUCUUCAGUGUCUCUGUGUUGAGUUCAGUCUCCAGAGUGUCUUCCUGUCAGAGAAACUGUCUCUGUUGGACAGAUAGUUGAGUCUGUACACAUGGGCGUCAGUUUGAUUUCAGAAGUGCUGGGGACAUUUACCAUAAACCUGAGUAAGGUUUGAAAAGUGCUGGGUACGAGCUACGCCCAUUACUUCCGAAUUGAGGUUUCAUGAUAAAUAAUAGGCAUUGCUUGUUAUUAUUAUUAUUUUAAUAUUGCUGAUCAUGGCUUACAGUUUAAGAAAACUCAAAUAUCCUAUCUCAAAAAAUUGGAAUAUUCUCGGAAUCUUAAUCUUAAACUGUAAGCCAUAAUCAGCAAUAUUAAAAAUAAUAAAAGGCUUGCAAUAUUUCAGUUGAUUUGUAAUGAAUCCAGAAUGUAUGACAUUUUUAGACUCCAGAAAAAUAAAGGACUUUAUCACAAUAUUCUAUUUUUUUCUGAGACAGUCCUGUAAACUUGUUUGUGUCGUUGUGCUGAACCACUUGCGAAUAUCCACGGUUACUUCAGCGUCUUGCUGCUGCAGGAAAAUGCGCGCUGGAAGCAGAUCAGUGACGGACACUGGCUGAUUUAUGGUUCCGCGUUGCACCAACGCAAAGCCUACGGAUGGAGGAUACGCAGGGAUGCGAACUU